AGUACCGGCAAAGGUCACCUUGAACUGUCAUCUUCUCUUUGGGGUUAAUUAACAAACUGUUUACAAACAUUCAGUAGAGGCAGAAUAUUUAUUAACACUGUGUUGACGGUGCUUAUGGUGUUUACAAUGUGCAUUUGAUUUGGAUUAUUAAAGAUAUAAAUUCACUUACAAUGGAUUUAAAUCGUCCGUAUUUUAUUAAGGAUGCUUUCAAAGGAAAAUGUUUUGCUGUUUUCACUAGUGGUGGCGAUUCACAGGGAAUGAAUGCUGCACUACGAGCAGUCAUUCGAAUGGGAUUAUACUUAGGUUGCAAAGUGUAUUUCAUUAAGGAAGGUUAUCAAGGAAUGGUUGAUGGCGGUGAUAAUAUUGUGGAGGCAAAUUGGUCAUCUGUUAGUGGAAUUAUCAACUUAGGUGGUACUAUUAUUGGUUCAGCUAGAUGUAAGGAGUUUAGGUCUCAUUCUGGUCGACUGAAAGCAGCUUUAAAUCUUAUAAAAAAUGGAAUAAAUAAUUUAAUUGUUAUUGGAGGUGAUGGUUCACUUACUGGGGCAAAUCUUUUUCGACAAGAAUGGGAAUGCCUGGUCAAUGAACUAUUGGAUAAAAAACAAAUAUCCAAUCAAGAACUUGGGUCUUGCAAGAGUUUGCAUAUUACAGGGAUGGUAGGUUCAAUUGACAAUGAUUUUUGUGGUACAGAUAUGACAAUUGGAACUGAUUCAGCUUUGCAUAGAAUUGUAGAUGCAACUGAUGCAAUUGUUAGCACUGCAUAUUCCCAUAAAAGAACAUUUAUUAUGGAAGUAAUGGGACGAAACUGCGGAUAUUUAGCUGUUGUUGCAGGCUUGUGUGUUGAAGCUGAUUUUAUAUUUGCGCCCGAAGAUCCUCCAGAUGCCAACUGGCCAAGUGUUUUAUGCGCACUAUUAAGUCAGGAACGAUUAGCUGGAAGAAGGCAAAAUAUUAUCAUGGUAUCAGAAGGGGCAAUUGAUAGAAAUGGAGAACCUAUAACAGCAGAAAAAAUUAAAGAAGUCAUUAUUGCAGGUUUAAAUCAGGAUACAAGAAUUACAGUGCUUGGCCAUGUACAGAGAGGUGGAAGUCCUUCUGCUUUUGAUCGAUUACUGGGAUGUCGCAUGGGGGCAGAAGCAGUAUUAGCCCUUAUGGAAGCUCAUGAUGAGUCUGAGCCUUGUGUUGUGACCUUGCACCGAAACCAAGCAGUUCGUCUUCCAUUGAUGGAAUGUGUUUCUCACACAAAAGCUGUAGCUAACGCUAUGGAAAAUAAAAAUUGGGAAUUAGCAGUAAAAUUGCGAGGAGUGUCUUUUGCUAGAAAUUUGGAAACAUAUAAAAUGUUAACACUUCCAAAACCUCCCUUGAAUGAAAGUUCUUUGUCAUAUAAAACACGAAAUUUUGCAGUUAUUCAUAUUGGGGCGCCAGCAUGUGGUAUGAACGCUGCUGUUAGAUCUUUUGUCAGGAAUUCUAUUUACAGAGGUCACAGAGUUUUUGGAAUACAUGAUGGUAUUGAAGGACUGAUUUCUGGAAAUAUAAAGCCAUUGCAAUGGUCUGAUGUCAGCGGCUGGGUGAGUCAGGGAGGUGCGUUUCUAGGUACAAAACGCACACUUCCAACAAGUUCCACUUUACAAAGGAUUGCUGAGCAGUUCACAAAGUUCGACAUAAGUGGUUUAUUGAUAAUUGGUGGUUUUGAAGCUUUUAAGGCAGGUUUGAUGCUGUUAGAAAAUAGAAAAACAUACAAAAACUUUUGUAUUCCCAUAACAUUAAUUCCUUCGACAAUAAGUAACAAUGUACCUGGCACGGAGUUUUCUUUAGGAAGUGAUACUGCUCUUAAUGAAAUAAGUGAAAUAUGUGAUAGAAUCAAGCAAUCAGCACAGGGUACAAAAAAUCGUGUUUUUAUUGUAGAAACAAUGGGUGGUUAUUGUGGAUAUUUGGCAACACUUGCAGGCUUAGCAGGUGGUGCUGAUGCUGCAUACAUCUUUGAAGAGAAGACUACAAUUAAACAUCUGCAAAAUGACUUAAAUCAUAUGGUCUCAAAAAUGAGAUCAGGCAUUCAAAGAGGAUUAAUAUUGCGUAAUGAGAAGUCUUCUGAAAAUUACAAUACAGAUUUUAUCCAUAGAUUAUUUUCAGAAGAAGGGCAAGGUAUAUUCUCUACACGGACUAAUGUACUAGGUCACAUGCAGCAAGGUGGUUCUCCUUCACCAUUUGAUAGAAAUAUGGGCACUAAAUUAGCUGCUAAAUGUGCUGAGUGGAUGCAUGAACAAAUCCUGGACAAUACAAAAAGUGAUGGGUCAAUAUAUACUAAUGUUCCAAGCACUGUAUGUUUGCUAGGGGUAAUUGGAA